CAGAGAGGUGAAGUGAGGUGCCCAAAGCCACACAGCAAGUUUCAGGCACAGCUAGUACCAUAGCUCAAGUCUCCUGCCUCCCAGUCCAGUGCUCUUCCCAUUACUCCACGGGUCCUGUCUCUAAGCGUCCUGACAAAUGCUAGAACGGAAGAAACCCAAGACAGCUGAAAACCAGAAGGCAUCUGAGGAGAAUGAGAUUACUCAGCCGGGUGGAUCCAGCGCCAAGCCGGGCCUUCCCUGCCUGAACUUUGAAGCUGUUCUGUCUCCAGCCCUCAUCCACUCAACACAUUCACUGACAAACUCUCACGCUCACACCGGGUCGUCUGAUUGUGACAUCAGUUGCAAGGGGAUGACCGAGCGCAUUCACAGCAUCAACCUUCACAACUUCAGCAAUUCCGUGCUCGAGACCCUCAACGAGCAGCGCAACCGUGGCCACUUCUGUGACGUGACGGUUCGCAUCCACGGGAGCAUGCUGCGAGCACACCGCUGCGUGCUGGCAGCCGGCAGCCCCUUCUUCCAAGAUAAGCUGCUGCUGGGCUACAGCGACAUCGAAAUCCCAUCGGUGGUGUCAGUCCAGUCGGUGCAAAAGCUCAUUGACUUUAUGUACAGUGGUGUGUUGCGAGUCUCACAGUCGGAAGCUCUGCAAAUCCUCACCGCCGCCAGCAUCCUGCAGAUCAAAACCGUCAUAGAUGAGUGCACGCGCAUCGUGUCCCAAAACGUGGGCGAUGUGUUCCCAGGCAUCCAGGAUUCUGGCCAGGACACACCAAGAGGCACACCAGAGUCAGGCACAUCUGGCCAGAGCAGUGACACGGAAUCAGGCUACCUGCAGAGCCAUCCACAACACAGUGUGGACCGAAUCUACUCGGCCCUGUACGCUUGUUCCAUGCAGAAUGGCAGCGGCGAGCGCUCCUUCUACAGCGGUGCAGUCGUCAGUCACCACGAAACUGCACUCGGCCUGCCCCGUGACCACCACAUGGAAGACCCCAGCUGGAUCACACGCAUCCAUGAGCGCUCCCAGCAGAUGGAGCGCUACCUGUCCACCACCCCUGAGACCACACACUGCCGCAAGCAGCCCAGGCCUGUGCGCAUCCAGACCCUGGUGGGCAACAUCCACAUCAAGCAGGAAAUGGAGGAUGACUAUGACUAUUAUGGGCAGCAAAGGGUGCAGAUCCUAGAGCGCAAUGAAUCCGAGGAAUGCACGGAAGACACCGACCAGGCCGAGGGCACCGAGAGCGAGCCCAAAGGUGAAAGCUUUGAUUCCGGGGUCAGCUCCUCUAUCGGCACCGAACCUGACUCAGUGGAGCAACAGUUUGGAGCGGGAGCCUCAAGGGACAGUCAGGCGGAACCCGCCCAACCCGAGCAGGCAGCAGAAGCCCCAACUGAGGGCAGUGCCCAGCCAAACCAGCUAGAAACAGGUGCUUCCUCUCCAGAGAGAAGCAACGAGGUGGAGAUGGACAACACAGUGAUCACUGUCAGUAACAGCUCUGAUAAGGGCGCCCUACAACAGCCUUCCGUCAACACAUCCAUUGGGCAGCCAUUGCCAAGUACCCAGCUCUAUUUACGCCAGACAGAAACGCUCACCAGCAACCUGAGGAUGCCUCUGACCUUGACCAGCAACACACAGGUCAUUGGCACAGCUGGCAACACCUACCUGCCAGCCCUCUUCACUACCCAGCCCGCGGGCAGUGGCCCCAAGCCUUUUCUCUUCAGCCUGCCACAGCCCCUGACAGGCCAGCAGACCCAGUUUGUGACAGUGUCCCAGCCCGGCCUGUCUACCUUUACUGCCCAGCUGCCAGCGCCGCAGCCCCUGGCAUCAUCUGCAGGCCACAGCACAGCCAGUGGGCAAGGCGAAAAAAAGCCUUAUGAGUGUACUCUCUGCAACAAGACUUUCACAGCCAAACAGAACUACGUCAAGCACAUGUUCGUCCAUACAGGUGAGAAGCCCCACCAGUGCAGCAUCUGUUGGCGCUCCUUCUCCUUGAAGGAUUACCUUAUCAAGCACAUGGUGACCCACACAGGAGUGCGAGCCUACCAGUGCAGUAUCUGCAACAAGCGCUUCACGCAGAAAAGCUCCCUCAAUGUGCACAUGCGCCUGCACCGUGGGGAGAAAUCCUACGAGUGUUACAUCUGCAAAAAGAAGUUCUCCCACAAGACCCUGCUGGAGCGCCAUGUGGCCCUGCACAGUGCCAGCAACGGGGCCCCUCCCGCAGGCACGCCCCCAGGUGCCCGCGCCGGCCCACCAGGCGUGGUGGCCUGCACUGAGGGGACCACUUACGUCUGCUCCGUCUGCCCAGCAAAGUUUGACCAAAUCGAGCAGUUCAACGACCACAUGAGGAUGCAUGUGUCUGACGGAUAAGUAGUACCUUUCUCUCUUUCUUAUGAACCAAACAAAACAACAACAAAAGAAA